AAUGUUGAGGUCAGGCACCAAUCGGAGAAGACAAAAAGCGCAAUGGGUGGGUUCUUCGCGUAAACCUCAAAGUCCUCUUGACAGUUGCCUCGGUAGCGACCCGCUCGGCGGCGCCGUAAACCGCCGAACAGUGUCGUAAACAUGACGCAAAGAAGAGACCAGUCGAGUGAACGACAGCUUCGGUCGCUCAGAGUCGCAGUAAACGCACAGAUGGCUCAGUGAGAAACUCGGAGUUCCUCAUUAAAAGAAGAUUCGUCCCCCCCCUUCCCGGCAUGUGACUGUGGAUUUAUAAGUGGGUGGCUUUCUUGUCCUGUGUGCUGCACCGUGUAAGAGGACUGACGUGCUGGAUAGGUGACGGCAUCGGGCAGACAAAACAAAACACCCCAGAGCUAUAGGACGCUUCUGGCCUUCACUUGCCGUCCCUUCUUCCCGCAUCCAUCUGCUUUCUUUCCCUGUAAACAAGGGAGAUGCAGCUCAUCUGAGGAAGAGGAGGGUGAGGACACCUGAAGAUGAGCAGCAAAGUCAAAGGAGGAAACCACAGGGCCCUGACGGCAGACAUGAGCAAGCUCGCAUCGUCCAGGUCCGAGUCGGAGAAGGACUGUGGCUUUUCAGAUACCAGCUCGGGGUAUCUGAGCGCAGUGGAGCAGACAGACUCGGAGGACGCGAGCCGGGUGUCAGCCGUGCGCAGCUCGCAGUCGGGGCCCCCAGUGGCUGUGAUGGCCGGCCCCUACCCCAGCCUGUCCCCCAUGAUCAUCAUGAACAACGUUGUCCUCAAACAGCCUAAUGCCACCGCUCCAGCAGUGAAGCCUUGGGGAUUUCAGCCUGCCCUGGAAGUGCUUCCUCAGCCUCAGGUGGUCUUCCUCCAGCCGGUGGUCUCGACCGCUGACAGAGCGUCCACGAAGAGAGCUCCCAGCAAACAACGGACCAGGAAGUACUUGCCCAUCCUGAAGUCCUACCCCAAAAUCGCCCCUUACCCUGGAGAAAGCCUGUCGGACAAAAGCAAACCCAGCUCCUCUGAGCGGAGCGUUUCAGCACCCAGUCAUGGGGUAGGGCGCCACCGCCGGCGUCACCAUCGUGACAAGCAGCCAGGCCAUGUGGCAGACUGCGGUGGCUCCGCCAAGCCUGCACCGCCAGCAGCUGCCAGCCCUGGGCCUGCAGGCCCCAAGCGAAACCUAGCGGCCACAGACGUAAAAGAGGCUGGUGUCCAGGUGUCGGUCAAGCCCCCGUCAGCAGCACAGCCGCAAGCCUUGAUUCAGUCCUCUGCCGCCCCCCCUUCUCCGAGCCCCGAGGCCGGAUGUGUGGACAACAUCGCUUCUCCCUGCAAGCGGCCCGCCAUGCAGGACCAGUCCACCGAGGCCUGCUGGGAUGUCCCGGCAGAUGGUACCGACAAGCGGAAGCGAUUCUGCAACACGUACAACAUCCUGCAGCGGUCAGGCCUGCUGGGAAUCACGCUGCGCACCAAGGAGCUGAUCCGCCUGAACCGGCGCACGCAGGGCCAGCUGGAGCGACUGCGCGAGCACACUGGCCUCUUCCUGCAGGCUGUGAGCAGCGGCGACCCCCAGGUGUGGGCCAAGCUGCAGCUUACCAUGCUGGAGGCCCCCCCUAGUGGAUCAGAGGAGGAGCAGGUGGAGGGGCUGCUGGAGAAGACUGCCCAGGACAGCCACGCCUGAGCGCCCUGCCCUGUAGACGGCCGACAGCCCCUCUUCCCAUCUCGCUUCCUGUCUUUAAGUCAGCGUGGUGCUUUAGAUCAUUUGUGUGACAUACCAUUUAAUUCACCGUUAAACUCCCGAUGGGGAUGGAAAACUACAGAUCUUCAGCCACUGCCUGUUACGGUAACACCCCCUUCCCUUGUAACCUGUAACAGAAUGUCAUAACGUAAGGCUAGGCGCCCAUUUUGCACUUCACGUGUGACUCGUUUUCACAUACUUGGGGAUGUGACCAGGACAGCCAGAACAGAGCGGCGAAAAAUAGCAGAGACUUGGGUGCAGUUUACUCGCCGUUGUAAAUGUGUGUUCCAUUGCAUUUUAAAAUAGGUCAAAAGCCUCUCACUUCUUCCAAACCUGUCGGCUAGUAUUACAAUGUUUUUGUCCCUCCACCCCUGCUUCUGAGUUUAGGUGUGAAAUCUGUCAGACGGGAGGGUUUUGUGUAUGUAUGGGGAGGGAGGGGGGUAGUUGGUGUGAGGAAAUGGCAGGCCCAACUAAACAGGCAGGUAGGAAUGUACACAGCCUUCAGCUGACCCCUUUUCCAUUCAUACCGUUUACAGCUUUGAAUGGCCUUGAUUCGGAAUAUAAAGCUACAGGGGCUAUUUUUAGAUGUUAUCGCUCUGUCUUCAAGAGGUUAUGCAUGUUGAUAUUAGCUGAAAAGGCAAACUUCACUGUAGCAAAUUGGUCCAGACCUAAUUUGAAGUAUAAAAUAUGCAUGUUUUUUUUUUUUUGUUUUAGCCAACUGGUGUGGGUCGUUGAAAUUAACACGGCAGUAGCCGACUGGUCUCGUAAAAAUG